GUUCGUGCCGGUCAGUCAGCCUCUCUGCUGUAAACAGACGGUGUUCAGACACGGAGCUCAACUCCGGACGGAACCAACCAGAACCCGGCUAGAGUCCAAAAAACACCAUGCUCUGACUGAGCAUCGCGCCCUCUGUACUUUCUUCAAACUCAGACAGGAGCAGGUCUUCUCAUACAUUUACAAUGACCACCCUCAACGACGGUGACAUGCACACCUUCGGCACAGAGCUACCGGCCAUGUUUGAUGGCGUGAAGAUGGCAGCAGUUGCCACCGUCCUCUACAUCAUUGUCCGCUAUCUAAACCUGAAGAGUCCUACUGCAUCACCAGAGAUCAUCUACCAGGACACACCACUCAGCCACUACCUGCUCAAAUCCUGCCCAAUGCUGACCAAAGAAUACAUUCCUCCCUUGCUAUGGGGGAAGAGCGGUCAUCUCCAGACGGCCCUGUAUGGCAAGAUGGGACGUGUCAACACUCCUACGCCCUGCGGGGUUCGCAAAUUCCUCCCAAUGCAGGACGGAGCCACAGCGACCUUUGACCUCUUCGAAGCUCUCGGAGACCACAGCACAGGAGAUGACAUUACCAUGGUGAUCUGCCCUGGGAUCGGUAACCAUAGCGAGAAAAACUAUAUUCGGACCUUUGUGGAUUACUCCCAACAGCAGGGCUACCGCUGUGCUGUCCUCAACCACCUGGGAGCCCUGCCUAACAUGGAGCUCACCUCACCACGAAUGUUUACCUACGGGUGUACCUGGGAGUUUGCAGCCAUGGUGGGCUACGUCAAACGUGCUUAUCCCCAGACCAUGCUGGUGGUUGUGGGCUUCAGUCUGGGAGGAAACAUCGUCUGCAAGUUCCUGGGUGAAAACCGAUUAAACCAGGAACGAGUGCUGUGUUGUGUCAGCGUCUGCCAAGGUUACAGCGCCCUCAGGGCCCAGGAAACAUUCCUUCAGUGGGACCAGUGUCGGAGGCUCUACAACUUUGUGUUGGCAGACAACAUGAAGAAGAUCAUCCUGUUACACAGGGACAGUUUGUUGGGCAUGAGUUCCAGCAACAUUAGUGAUGCAGACCUGAACAGACUAUCUGCAGCUACUUCCCUGAUGCAAAUUGAUGACAGUAUUAUGAGAAAAUUCCACGGUUACAACUCUUUGAGCGAGUACUAUGAGAAGGAGAGCUGUGUGCACUACAUCCACAAAGUCACUGUACCCCUCCUGCUAGUAAACUCCUCAGAUGAUCCACUGGUUCAUCAGUCGCUACUGGCUGUUCCACGCACACUUGCAGAGAAGAUGCCCAACGUGGUAUUUGCCCUGACACAGCACGGAGGCCACAUGGGUUUCUUUGAGGGGGCCGUGCUUUUCCCUCAGCCCCUCACCUGGAUGGACAAGGUCAUAAUCGAAUACAGCGACGCCAUCUGCCACUGGGAAAAGAAACGCUCAGUCUGCCAGAGGAGCAGCCGCCAGCACAUGAGCUCCUCCCUGCAGAGCAAAAGGGAAACACUCAGCGGGUAACACAUACACGGUUGCUCAAGACACACAGGCACAUGCUCAGUCCACUGGAUCUCCUCUACUGCAGCAUGAGUGUCCUGGCUGUUCAGUGAUUCUGUAGACGGAUUAGAACAGCAGGCUGACUGGAAGUGCGUAAACCAACCGGAAAAGUAAAGCUUACUGAGUUAAUAUUAUUUAUAAGUGUAAUGUGACCCAACACUGAAUUGUUGCUUCCUCUUUUGCUGUCAUCGAACCUCUGGUGUAACAGUAAUUUAUGUCGUGCUGAUUUCAAGCAGCUGUCUAAAAUGCUCCUUUAGUCUGAGCAGCAGGAUAACAGGUCGCAUACUUUGAAAUUUGAGUAUGCAUGUGACCUUUGACCUCUGCUGAAGAUGCUAUUGGUUUAAGAUUUAAGCGCUUUAAUAUGAAUAUGAGUAUCAGCAGCAGAUUUGGGUUUCUGAUACUCUGACAGGUAGUAGUACGGUCUGAUUUAUGGCUUACAGCAGUUGUUUCCUGAUGUUAUGACGUUUUACUUGCUUUAGCAUGAACAAAAAUCUGAGGCAUUAUUUUACUCAUUCUGACACACUCCAGUUUUUUACUUUGCAUUUCCAUUCUGUGCAGUGGAGCACCAAGUUUUUUUAAAUAGAUGUUUAGGAAUAUAUAUAAAAAAGACAGAAUCAUCUCUGUAAUCUUCAAGUGAAAUACAGGAUUUUUUUUUACAAACCAGCUUUAACACUGUGCUGCUCUAGGUCAGCUUGUACCAUUCCAAAAACUGCUCCACAGUGCCUUGAAACAUGCAAAUAAUUAUAGUUAGUGCUAUGAUGCCUAAUUGCCUGAGAGGAGUCAGGUGUUUUAAUGUACUAAAUGCUGCUGUUUACAUGGGAUAUUGCUGCAGAAGAUGUCACGUCUACAAUCCACUGGUACUCAGUAAAUGUAACAAAUGACUGAUCAAACUGUGUUUAGACACACUUUAGAGAACAAAUAGAACGUUUGAAAAAUGAGAAAUGCGAUUUUGAACUAAUCUUCAGAUUCUCUUCUCAAUCAUUUGCACAAAAAGGCACGUGUUUUGACUUUCGGUUUCACCACAGUAGAGGUGUCAAAUAGAACAUUAGUUUGAACGGAAAUCAACUUGUACAUUUUUUUGGGGGUUUGUUUUGAGCUGCUUCUUGCUGGCUACGAGAUACACAUAAAACUGUAAAUAUGUUGAAAAGAGCAGUAAAGCUCCAUAGUGUGUCUUGACGCUGUACUAUGACAAUGCAGUGGACUCAACGCAGUCCGUGUAGCUGAUAGUCGGCACUAUUUUGAUGUCCUAUUAAUCGAAAUUUAAAUCAGCAGUUUUAAUACUACUGUUCUCUGUGCCCUUUCAUAUAAAUAUAGUACAACCAGCAGCACCACUACUGCUGUGUUUCUAUGUGCAAUAUGUCAUGAUUGUUUUGCCUGCACCUUACUGUCUGUAUUGUAAUUUAUGGUACUAUAACAUGCAUCAGCAUAUAAGUGUAACAUUUCUAAUCUAAUCAUAAAUGUGUUUUGUUCUGGUGCAGUGCACAGCUUAGACUGAAUAAAUCCUUAAUAAAUCUUUUCCACAAACAUUAA